ACAAUUGGUUCUUUGACUGUACUGUGUAGGCAAUUUUAUGGCGGGAAUUUAGUGUGCGUUGUGUGGUGAAAAUACUUCCGCUGUCAAAAGGAGGGAGCGUUGGAUGAAUUGCGUCUUAUCAAGAAGACUGUGUACAUAAUCGGUUUCGAUACUGAGGGUCCGAAGAGGAAACGUCAAUUUACUUGCCCAGAAAGCAGUUGAUUAUUGACGAUGGGGCGCAAAACAUCAAAAGGAAAGGAAAAAAGGCUGCAGCAGAGAGAGGAAGCUCUUCAGAUAGCUGCUGCCAAAGCUGUAGUUGAUAAAGCAAAUGCUCAAGAAGAUCCUCUAGCACCAUUUCCUGCCUUCAGAAAUUUCAACAAAAAUGGAGUUGAGGCAACACUUUCUUGUGUUAAAAGUGAAAACAUUGACAACGAUACGUGGAAUUGGAUUUUUAAUUUACUGGAGUGCAAUAUGAAACCGCUGUACAACUCUUGCAGCUGGGGUUGGAAUGAGAAAGUAAAGAAAGAAGAACUGACUGAUGAACGAGCAUUAUAUCUUGUAGCAAGGGAUAAGGAGGGCAAAGCAUUAGCAUUCUCGCAUUUUCGAUUCGAUUUAGAUUAUGGGGUAGAAGUUUUGUAUUGCUAUGAAUUGCAGCUGGAAGCCGCGGUUCGGAGAAAAGGUCUGGGGAAAUUUAUGAUGCAGGUGUUGGAACUGAUGGGAUUUUCAGCCAAAAUGAAAAAAGUUGUGCUGACAGUCCUGAAGCAUAAUCCAGACGCAAUGAAUUUCUUCACCGCCCUGAGGUAUUCACUGGAUGAAACCUCUCCAGAAGACAACCUUUAUGAAGAGUUUCCAUAUGUAAUUCUCAGCAAACCAAAUAAGAAGCUACUGUCAUCUGUGUAAUGGAUUGCUGAAAAUGACUGAAAAUAUUGACUAUUAUGUUUAUCACAAAUAUAUUGACACAUUUUAUCCAAGUAAUAUUUUAUCAUUUUAUAAUCACGUCAAACUGCCUUGAGUUCAAGAAGACUGCCGUUGCAGCAAGUGCCAAACUUUCAAGUUGUGUUGUCUGCAACAAUCCUGGAGAUCAAUCCAUGCCAUGGAUCAGUGUCUGCAAAAUUAACUUUUGGAGAAAGAUCGUGGAAGCUUCUGUAUUGGGAACUCAAUUUCCAUUGCCGACUGAGUUUAGAAUAGUUUCCACACUGUGUUAACAAAAUCAGUUUGCAUCUGUUUGCUCGCAUUCUGUAGAUCCCUUCAAGGAAAAAGAUCUUCAGGGAUAUGCAACAAGUCAAAGUAUACAUUAACAAAAACAGAGAGAUCAUAUACAAGGAAUGUUCAGAAAGUAAGUGUACUGCGAGCAUAUCUGACUGUGGGUGUUAUUUUUUAAGAGUUUGCAAUAAUGCGUGUUAGAAGGGAUGCCUGACCAGAGCAAACAUCGCAGGAACACGGUAGUAUUUAAACUCGUGUCAUGUCCAGUUGCGUGAAAAAUUUCAGUAACAGAUCCUCACCAUGUGCUGUGAUCAGCUCCCUACUCGUGGAAGGAAAACACCUACUGAAUUUUCUCCCAAAUCUAAAUGGUUUACAGUGAAAGUGUUUUGAACAUGACAAGGGUGUUUAAUUGUUGUAGGGAAUUUAGUGGAGGCUGAACAGUCAUGAUGAACAGAGGAGUUGGUACAAAAGUAAAGGACGCUGUUCGUGAAGACUACUAAUUGUCACUGGAUGAAAUUUCUGCCAUGUUUCCACAACUCUCCAGAUCUCUCUUACAUGGAAACUCGGAGAAAUACUGGAAACUGUGGUCAAGGAGGGUCCCAAAACAGUGACUAGAGCAGCACGAGAUAAAUUGGGCAAUCAACCUGCUUUGUUACAAACUGAAACUUGUGGGGCUCAUUGCACGCCACGGACAGAAAGUCAGUUAUCACAACAGUGCCACACUAAAUCCACAUCUGCAAAAAAAUUGAAAAUCAUAAUUUUGGACAAAUAACAAUGCCUCAGUGUUUUGGGACCAGAAAGGCAUCAUUUUGGUUAAAUUUUUGCCGCAUGGGGACUGUCUGUGCACAAUGAUACCAAGAUGCUAAAAAGCUCAAAAAGAACAUUCAAAACAAAAGGACAUGCCACUGAGAGGAGCAUGCUUGCUGCAUAACAAUGCCUGCCCUCAUGCAGCCUUAGCCACAAGGCGCUCUUGGACUCAAUUGGUUGGGAUGUUUUGAAUCGUCCCCAAAUUUCUGUGACUUGGCUUUUCAGAAUAUCAUCUUUUCACCUCCUUGAAGGCACACAAGUGUAAUUAAGUUUUCAAAUGACAAAGAGGUUCUGAAGUGGUGGGAACAGCUCGUGGGAGACUUCAAAGAGGGUAUAAAGAAUCUUGUGCUGUGGCUCACUACAUGUACUGAACAGGACGGCAGUUUUAUGUGGAAAAACAAUUAACAAGUGUAUCAACAGUACCCUGUAACUUUUUUUCCAAAUACACUUUUUCUGAAAAAAUAUUAAAAUCUAGUACACUUACUUUCCAAACAUGCCUCAUACUGACACUAUGUACUGUACUUACAGUAAGAUAUUGCCAUUCUACUAUAUGCUAUGCAAAUUUAUACCAGCUAAAUUUAAUAAAGUUAGAAAGCAGGCCUCUACUUUGAGAAAAGCUGUUGCCUUUUCAGAUAUUUUGAAUAACUACUAGGUAGCUUCUAGUAGUAGCUCAGUUAUUUACUUCAUUAGAAUGAUACUUUUCAAAGAAACUACUUCUAUAAAUGCUCAGUCUAUUUACAGUGCAUUACUCCUUGUCAUGCAGCUUAACAACUAUCACUGACACUUUCCAUUUAGCUAACGGAACUUAUCAAACUUGAAUAAGGAUAUCAAGAUAAUUUGUUGAAAAAGUGGCUAAUGAGGUAGGUUUAUAAUUUUCUUUUAAGCUGGUAGGGAUUCUCGGUUACUUUUCUUCAUAAAAUUUAAAUGGGGAUUGUAGUCAGAUAAACAAUAUUACAUAGUAAAGUGUCAGCAGGAGAAAUAGCACACAAAAGUUAGGGAAAUGUGCAAGCUUUAGGAGCUAGUGGCUCCUACUGACAGAAGGAUUGAAGGGAAUAGGUGACUGGUGAGGUUUAGAAAAUUGAGAGAAUUAUUGUAAAGUCUCCAAGAACCCUGAGUGAAGAGAUACCAUAAGUUUUGCCUUCUCAUCCUGUCUGGUAAGUCUCCCUUGAUGCAGGGUUCUGAGUGACUUUUUUUUGUAAAUCUCCCCAUUUCCUUACCUUGCCAGUCAUGUUCCUUUAUCCCAUUCCUUUCCCUUCUAUCCUUACGCGAAAAUGAGCCACUGGCUCUGAAAUUUUGUGUGUUUCCUCCUGCCAAUCCAUGGUGAGUAAACUUGAUCUAUCCAAUCUCUACCACCAUAUAAAGACUAGUCGUUUCCUAAUGUUAUUACCAAAAUAGUAAAAAUAUAGAGCAGUUCUUGAUAGAUUUAAUUAAAAAUUUUUCAUGAUACUCCAAUAAAUGCCCAGAGGGUCAUAGACCAAACUUUUUUUUGCGAAAGUUCAUGAUUGAUAGACUUCAAAAUUUUAGAUAGGCAUAGGAUACAUAUUUUUUUAUAUACAUGGUACAUGAAUAAAUAUAUAAAAUGUACACCACUAUAGAAAGGCAAGUCACUGUUUAAAAUCAUUGCGAAAAAUCUCUAAAGGUUCUUACUCAGUUUAAUUAAAACUUUUAUAUGGUUCUCUAAUAAACAUUUGGGUAGACAUAGGCUAUAUAUUUUUAAUAUACACGGUAUAUAAAUGUACAUAUGUAUCCUUAUAAUACAUCAAGGGAAUCCUUGUUAGAAAAGUUCUUGGCUGUUGUACUUCUAAUUUUGUCACAAUACUUUGAUAAAUAUUCAGACAGAGUCUGUAUAUUUUUUUAAACAACAAUGUACAGGCUUUCUGUUAAAAUAAACUGAGAAUGAAAAUUUUGUGAUGUGCUA